UUUACCAUUCUGUGUUCGUUUCGUUUAGCAUUAACUUGUGAUUUUGUGAUUCUGUAAAGAGUAAAGAAACAGUACAGUUAAUGUGAAUUUCAGGUACACGUGAAAAGAAAGUUUUUUCAGAAUAUAACCUAUACAACCAACAUAUUUCUACAAGAUGCCGCUGUCUUGUCGAUUUUAUAAAGAGAAAUAUCCGGAAAUAGAAGACGUCGUCAUGGUUAAUGUUAGAGAAAUUGCUGAGAUGGGGGCUUAUGUCCGAUUACUCGAAUAUAACAAUAUUGAGGGUAUGAUAUUGCUCUCGGAAUUGUCGAGGAGACGUAUCAGAUCUAUAAACAAACUUAUUCGAGUAGGAAAGACAGAACCAGUCGUAGUUAUCAGGGUGGACAAAGAAAAAGGUUACAUAGAUUUAUCUAAGAGACGUGUCAGUGCUGAGGACGUUGAAAAGUGUACCGAACGGUUUGCUAAAGCCAAAGCAGUUAAUUCCAUCCUCAGGCAUGUUGCAGAGUUGCUUAAUUAUGAGAAUGAUGAACAGCUGGAAGAACUUUAUCAAAAAACUGCUUGGUAUUUUGAAGAAAAAUAUAAAAAGAAUAAAGCUAGUGCUUAUGAUUUCUUCAAACAAGCUGUUUUGGAUCCUUCCAUAUUAGCUGAAUGUGAGCUAGACGACAAAACUAAAGAAGUUCUUUUAGGAAAUAUCAAAAGGAAACUCACCUCUCAGGCAGUUAAAAUUAGGGCAGAUAUUGAAUGUGCUUGUUAUGGAUAUGAAGGAAUUGAUGCAGUCAAAGCUGCCUUGAAAGCUGGUCUAGAAUUGUCAACAGAGGAACUACCCAUAAAAAUAAAUUUGAUUGCUCCACCUUUAUAUGUUAUGACAACUUCAACACCUGAGAAGCAAGAUGGUUUGAAGAUCUUGAAUGAUGCCAUUGAAAAGGUUAAACUAACCAUAACAGAACUUGGAGGUGAAUUCAAUAUCCAAAUGGCUCCUAAAGUAGUGACUGCAACGGAUGAAGCAGAGCUCUUGAAGCAGAUGGAAAAAGCAGAGCAAGAGAAUGCGGAAGUCUCAGGUGAUGACGAUGAUGAAAAGGAACAAGAAGGCCAAGUCUAUAGUGAAGAAGAUGAAAAAAACAAUUCUGGAGAAGAUUGAACUAGUUCACAUACUUUUUUAAUAUAAUUGAAAAACUGAAUCUUUUUUCAAGAUUUAGUACAUAUAACUGAAAAUCAUAUAAGUUAUCAUCGGCAAUAUAAGUAAUAUAUUGAUUUUUACAUUCAA